UCCGGGUCAGGCCGAGCUUGUGUGAAAUGUGUGCCCCCGCCUCCUGUCCGUCUGGCUCCAUCUGGCUCCGGCGGUCUAACCUGCCGACCCAGCCAGGCCCCGAGGAGCUGGAAGGAAACUCCUUCCUCCCCCAGAAGGGCCACCGUGGCCCCAGAAAUGGUGCCCUGUCGCCACCGCACACGCGGAUCGGGGGAGGAGGCAGAUUCCGGUUCCGGAGGCCCGGGCUGGUGCUGGGUUCUGGACUCUGCAUCUCUGACAGGUUUCCAGGCGGCCGUGGGAACAGCCGGAGGGUCUCCAGGACGAGCAGGGACCCGGAACAGGAAACAGGCUGGGAAGAGGCGGUUCCACCGCAGCGAGGCCACGGCCAGCGCCUCCCUCCCAGGCACAGACCCUGGGCACGACCCCCACAGGCAGGACCCAGCGGGCUUCUGGCCGUGAUGUCACAGACCCUGGUCGUUCCCGUGUCCUGGAGACCAGGGAGAAGCCCAGGGGCCUCCUCCUUCGGCCGGAGGAACAUGGCAGCCCACACUGCAGCCACCCUCUUGGUCCUGCUGCUCUGCUGCUGGCGGGGAGCGGACCUCCAGCCCAUAAGACUGCUUCCAGUUGCAAGUAUUGAAUUGCCAGCAAAGUUAAGAAAACUGAAUGACAAUGCCCACCUAGUUUCAAGCACUGAACUGCCAGCAAAUUUAAGAAAUCUGAAUGAUGAUGUGGCUGCAGUAUUUGAUGAAAUUCUAGUCCAAGAGAUUCUGGAUCCAAAUAAAUCAACAUUUCUUGAAAUACAAAGACCACUAGCAAAAUCAGCAAUGACCACAACGAAGGAAAAAAAAUCCCGUGUUGAAACGAAUUAUCGGACUGACGCUAAGACGACGAAAUAUGAAGUUCAAUUCCCUGCUGAGAAAGAAAACAGACUCUUUGUAAAUGAAGAGGACAGAGAAAUACUUUAUCAGAUUAAAAGCCUGGCAGCUCUGGAAAGAAUCAUUGAGAGUCUUCAAAGGGCUUUAGGAGACUCUCUCGAGGAAAGAAGAAAGAAGAAUAAAAAUGUGUUUAAGGGAGGCAGACACUACAAGGGGAAACAGAGCCUAAACUGAGAAACCAGGACUGCCUGGAGGCUGCUCACCCACCCCUGCUGCUUGGAGGAAAAACAAAAUAGAAUUUCUAACCAUUCUGUAUAAAGAAGAAUCGAUUUAUUCAAGGAGUGCCAAAUAAAAUGAACCUAUUUAAAUAUUAA